AUUUAGACGUUGUUAAAUUAAAUUUAAUGAACGUUUUGUUACUACGCUCGAUAAUUUGAAUAAAUAUAUUAAAUAAAGCAUAAGGCGACGCUGAGAUACCGCACACAUAUGUUAGCGUCUAUUUCCUUUCGUUUUGAAGCAGUGGAAGUGUGUGAGUGUCGGGUAAAUAGGCGCUAGUGCUGCGAAGGGGGGAUGGGAUGGGGCCACUCAGAGCUCUCGUGCUCCACUAACUCACCGCGCUCAUUAAUCUCAGUUUUCUCCUUUAUAUCGAUGCUGUUUUAAAUUAAAAUCCAUAUUUCCCGUUACCGCAUGUUUUACGUGGCAUCGGAAAAGCAAAAAGUCUCGGUCUGCGAUUGAAUUUGGGUGCAGAAAGCGUUUAAAAUGUAUCCCAUUGGAGCAGCUGGUGCUGCUGAGCUGUGUCAGGGACAUCAGUCUUCAGGGUCAGAUGUUUCUGCUCCCCUGUCUCCUCCAGCACAAGAGUAUGUCUUCAAACCACCUCAACGGCCAGACUUUGGCACAAUGGGUAGGACAAUCAAGCUUCAGGCCAACUUCUUUGAAAUGGAAAUACCCAAGUUGGAGGUGUACCAUUACGACAUAGACAUAAAACCCGAGAAAUGCCCACGGAGAGUUAACCGGGAAAUCGUUGAGCACAUGGUCCAGCACUUUAAGACGCAGAUCUUUGGAGAUCGAAAGCCUGUGUAUGAUGGAAGGAAGAAUCUCUACACUGCCAUGCCUUUACCCAUUGGAAGAGACAAAGUGGAGCUGGAGGUCACGAUUCCAGGGGAGGGAAAAGACAGGAGCUUUAAAGUAGCUAUAAAAUGGGUGUCCUGUGUGAGUCUGCAAGCUCUACAUGAAGCACUGUCUGGACGGCUACCAAACAUCCCUUUUGAGACCAUUCAGGCUCUGGACGUUGUCAUGAGACAUUUGCCCUCUAUGAGGUACACCCCAGUCGGACGUUCAUUCUUCACUCCCUCUGAGGGCUGCUCCAACCCCCUCGGUGGAGGACGAGAAGUUUGGUUUGGCUUCCAUCAGUCUGUUCGACCCUCCCUCUGGAAGAUGAUGCUCAACAUUGACGUGUCUGCCACUGCAUUCUACAAAGCUCAACCUGUGAUUGAAUUUAUGUGUGAGGUUUUGGAUUUUAAAAGCAUUGAAGAGCAACAGAAGCCAUUAACAGAUUCCCAGAGAGUGAAGUUUACCAAGGAAAUCAAAGGUCUGAAGGUUGAAAUCACUCACUGUGGACAGAUGAAGAGAAAAUACAGGGUGUGUAAUGUGACUAGGAGGCCAGCCAGCCAUCAAACGUUUCCCUUGCAGCAAGAGAAUGGUCAGACCAUUGAAUGCACUGUCGCCCAGUACUUCAAGGAUAAGUACAAACUGGUGCUGCGAUAUCCACAUCUCCCAUGUUUACAAGUUGGCCAGGAGCAGAAACACACCUACCUUCCGCUGGAGGUCUGUAACAUAGUAGCCGGACAGAGGUGCAUCAAGAAACUGACAGACAAUCAGACCUCCACUAUGAUACGUGCCACAGCCAGGUCUGCGCCUGACCGUCAGGAUGAGAUCAGCAAACUGAUGAGAAGUGCCAACUUCAACACCGAUCCUUAUGUGCGUGAGUUUGGCGUUAUGGUAAGAGACGAGAUGACUGAGGUCAAUGGUCGGGUCCUUCAGGCACCUUCAAUUCUCUAUGGUGGAAGGAACAAAGCAAUAGCAACCCCAGUCCAGGGUGUAUGGGACAUGAGGAACAAGCAGUUCCACACAGGAAUUGAGAUCAAAGUGUGGGCUAUUGCCUGCUUUGCCCCACAAAGACAGUGUACAGAACUUCUUCUGAAGGCAUUUACUGAUCAGCUCCGUAAGAUAUCACGUGAUGCUGGGAUGCCCAUUCAGGGCCAGCCGUGCUUUUGCAAAUAUGCCCAGGGAGCAGACAGUGUGGAGCCCAUGUUUAAACACCUCAAGUACACUUACCAAGGCUUACAGUUGGUGGUGGUCAUCCUACCUGGGAAGACUCCUGUUUAUGCUGAGGUGAAGCGUGUUGGAGACACUGUUCUUGGCAUGGCCACGCAGUGUGUCCAGGUGAAGAAUGUACAGAAGACCACACCUCAGACCCUUUCCAACCUCUGCCUCAAGAUUAAUGUCAAACUGGGUGGAGUCAACAACAUUCUUCUUCCACAGGGCAGGCCCUUGGUGUUUCAGCAACCAGUCAUCUUUCUGGGUGCAGAUGUGACUCAUCCACCAGCUGGUGAUGGCAAGAAACCCUCAAUUGCUGCUGUUGUUGGCAGUAUGGAUGCCCACCCAAGCCGAUACUGUGCCACGGUGCGGGUGCAGCAGCACCGUCAGGACAUCAUUCAGGAUCUGGCCACCAUGGUGAGAGAGCUGCUUAUCCAGUUCUACAAAUCCACACGUUUCAAACCAACACGCAUCAUCUACUAUAGAGACGGCAUCUCAGAGGGCCAGUUCAACCAGGUUCUACAGCAUGAACUUCUGGCUAUUCGUGAGGCCUGCAUCAAGCUGGAGAAAGAUUAUCAACCAGGAAUCACCUUCGUAGUAGUGCAGAAGAGACACCACACCAGGCUCUUCUGCAUGGAUAGGAAUGAGCGGGUUGGAAAGAGUGGCAACAUCCCUGCUGGCACCACAGUUGACACCAAAAUUACUCAUCCAUCUGAGUUUGACUUUUAUCUUUGCAGUCACGCCGGAAUUCAGGGAACCAGCAGGCCGUCCCACUAUCACGUGCUGUGGGAUGACAACCAUUUCACCUCUGAUGAGCUGCAGGUCCUCACAUACCAGCUGUGCCACACCUAUGUGCGCUGCACCCGCUCUGUCUCCAUUCCUGCACCAGCCUACUAUGCCCACCUGGUGGCGUUCCGUGCUCGCUACCACUUGGUUGACAAAGAACAUGACAGUGCUGAGGGCAGUCACACAUCAGGUCAGAGUAAUGGCAGAGACCAUCAAGCCCUGGCCAAAGCUGUGCAGAUCCACCAGGACACACUGCGCACCAUGUACUUCGCCUGAACAUAGCCAGAAACAAGCCCUACAUCCUGAAAACAGCACGGUGUGUGUGUGUCUGUGUGUAUUUUUAUGUGUUUGCCUCAGUUGUAUAAAUGAGAACCUUCAAACGGGGGGGAAACCCCCCCGAGAAUCGCCAUGCUGUUAGGUUUCCAAUUGCCCAUGUAGUCAGUUUUCAUACAUACUAAAUAUCCAUGAUUUUUAGAACUGUAAUAUGUGAAUUUAUUAAUUUAUCUUUUUUCUUUUUUUUUGGAGGGCAUGGUUAUGUGUCCCUGUUGUACAUGUGCAUGUCAGAUUAGAGGUUAACACAUGUUUACAUAGUCAGUCCAAAAAUUCAGACUAUUUUUACACUGAAAGUUACAUUUGCAUCCGGGUGGGCUUGAUUCAAUCCUAUUGCCAAGGCUGGUGAUGGAGACUGUUGAACAGUAGUUUUUACAAACUCAUCAAACCAAUGGGUUCGGGUUAGUUUAGGACAACACAGAUCAGGUUCAGGGGUUGUGGGGAUGCAGUUUCCACAGCUAAAUUAUUUAUCAGCAAAAGCAAGUGCACUGACCAGAUGGGGACUUCAGGACAAAAGUACUUAUCCUGUUUUGUUUCAUUUAUUUGUGCUAAUAUGAUUUUUUUUUUAUCGUGGUGUCAUUUAUUGUUUAUUCCUGGGCUCAGUCAUCCUACUGUACCUGUCCGCCAACGACAUGAUCGAAUGAGCGCUAUCACGUGCUUUGCAUCAUGAAAUUUGAACACAGUAUGUGCAGAAUCAAGAAUGCAUUUGGAAGUUAGAAUGUAGGAAUUGUUCUGACAAUCAGCUUUAGGCGCUCUGCCGCUCAUGUGAGACUGGUUCUCAUCAGUGACGCCCUCCGUUUGCCUGUGCCAGGGUUCUCAGUGUGGAAACAGCUCUGUAAUGGAUAAAUGUCAUGAAAAGUACUAAUAGCAUUUGGAUGAUGAGAUUAUCUUGUACGUACUUUAAAUUCUACUGCCAUAAGCAUUUGUCUUAUUCGCUGUGAUUGUAACCUAAGGUUUCAGUGGGUUGGGUGUUUGAGUUAAAACAUCAAAACUCCUUUACAUAACUUUUUAAGCACCUGUUUUGAAAUUUUCAGUUUGAUGUUGUCAAAAAUCUUCCCCACAAAGCUAGUUUUGUGCUGAAUAUUGAAGCUUUGUGAUUUGCUCGGUUCUGUGCGCUGUUUCCAACGGUGGAGUUUGACUGUACUAUGCUGGCCAGGUUUAAAGCUGUCAUCGCACUCCAGCUGGCCAUUCAGGCAAAUCGAGCCUUUUUUGUUUUUUUUGAAAGAAUAAUACACAUACAAUUGCAUUGACACAAAGUCAGAGUGAAAAUUUCAUACGAACUUCAAAUGCACCUUAGUAGUUUUUCUUUCUUUUCUUUAUUUUUUUUUAUUUUUUUUUUUAAAAACCAAGAAUCUCUAGCUUAUAACUUAGAGGUUUCCAUGAGAAUAUUACAAAUCCCUUUUUAACACUCACGAUACAUUUUUUUUUUUUUUUUUUUUUUUUAGAGAUAUUAUCCUAAAUAAAUCUAGUUUUUCUUUUAGAGACCUUUUGUAGAGUCAGUUUUGGGCCGUUAGGCAGGGGUUGUUUGCUUUUUAUUGCUUAACCGAAUAGAAACAUUUUAGUAUGCGCAAUACAACUUAAUGAAACAACUUAAUAUGCGCAAUACAUUUUAUGUGUCGGUAAACUGUUUUCAUGUAAACAGUUUUAUCCCUUCUAAAGCAUAUCAUGAUGUAUAGUGAGUCUUGUUAGUUAAUUAACUGUAAGAUCACUUCCCCAAAUCUUCAAUUUUAACUUGAAAUUCUUGAAAUUUUUAACCAUCUUUUUCUAACUAUGCAUUCUUAACCAAGAGAUUUUAGUGGUAUGUUUGUGUAUAUGAAUUAUGAAUAUAGAACAUUUGUAAUGUAGUCAUUUUCACGCUGGGUACUUUUAGUAGUGUAAAUAGUGCAAACCCUGUACCCACUGUAGCAGUAUUAGCUUACAAAAUACUCUAUUUUUAUUAUCAACAAUUGGAUGUUCUUUAUAUGGCUCUCAAUUAUUCCUGUUAGCCGAACAAGAUUACAUAUGUACUUGUAGUUAUUAAUGUCCUACCAUAACUGAAGCACAAUAGGACAUUAGAAUUGUAGGUGCUAGAGUUUAUUCUUGAGACUACCAUUUUUUUAAUAUCUUGUUUAACUUCAACUUUUAAACAAGAAUCACAGGCUGAUCAGAGAGCUUAAUGGGUUUUUGAUCUGGUGAAAUCUGACACCCUGACCCUCUUUUUCUAAACCCAACAGACUGUGUAUAAGGGGCAUUUUAAUUUACCUUCAAAUACUUGACUAGAGUUAUGUCGUUAUUUGGCGCUGAUCUCGUAACUCGUGAAAGUAGAUGCACUUUGAAGAGCAAUGGACACAGACCCCUAGCUCCGGUGUGUUAUCUGGGUGCAGUUGUGUGGAAAUGACUAGAUGUCCUACCUCUUGUUACCUGUUACUUGUAUUAUGGUAACAUUACCGCACUGGUCAUUUCCUCAUAAUUGCACACGUGGGGAACGUCGUCUUUUCGUCCCUCUGAAAGUGAAAGUGGUAGAUGUCACAGAAAAUCUUGAACACUUGCUCUACAAUGGCAUCUUUAGUUCAUAUUUGUUCAGAGGACAUACCUGCUGCCAUUUAGCCUGAUAGAUGAUUUAGCAAUGGUGUUGUUUUAUUAUGAUAGUUUUAAGCUAUGUAUUCAAAGCUACAACUGAGUGCUGCGAGUUUCAGAUGUCAAACAUUUGAUGUUUCACAAGUCAGACAUGAAUCCAAAAAAUCGUUUUAUGCUUUCCGUGAAUAAGUGGCUUAAUGCUUUAAAUGUGCGCCGUAAGCUAUAAAAAUGUUUGUAAAUGUUGGGUGUGAAUUCCAAUUUUCUCAUUUCCUGUCCUUUUUAAAUUGCAGCGCGUCGUCGCUUUAUCCAUAUACUUGUUUGAAUGUGUGUGUUACUUAGGUUUCCUGUUUUAUUUCUUAACUUUGAUAGUAUUUAUCAUAUAGCAUCAGAAACAUGAGAUGAAAUCAUUGCUCAAACUACUUCUUAUAGAUAUUCUCUGGAACAAUCUGAUUUUUUUUUUUUUUUUUAAUUAAAAUUUUAAACCCUUCUUUUCAUCCUCAUGACCUGCUUUAGUUAUAUGUUUUUAGAAGUUGGUGAGUUUUAGUAUUUUAACCUCUUUGAAAUCAGCACCUUAGUCAAAGGUCUACAACAUAUGCAAUUUCUCAAGUAUGAAAUAUGAGAUGUUUUUGCACUAUAUCAGAAGAGGUGUUACUAAUUUGCAUACUGGUGGACAGAUUGUAAGGUUAUAGAGGAGAACCGUCAAUAUUUGAACAGUCUUGGCCUUUUUAUUUUCCUUCAUAUACAAUCAUAUUGGCACUAAACUAUUAAAAGUCGACAGACAUAAGGUCUUGAGUUCUUACACUAUGCAAAAACUCAUGUCCGUUCAGAACCGUCACUCUGUUUAUACGUAGGGGUCAAAAGGUCAGAUUUUGUGUUAAGUCUGUCUUACAUACCAAAUUGAGUUAGGGACUUGUAAGUCCCGCUUGUGUUUGUUGUUUUUUUUGUUGUUUUUAUUAAUUUCAUUCCCUCCUUCCACAACACAGUCAGCUAAUAAGGACAUAAGGAAUCUGAUGCAAAAUAAAUCCGUUCAAAUAUCCGUGAAUGCAAUUAUAAUGGAAGCCCAGGAUCAAGGGAGGAGAAUGAAGCGCGGUGCUGGUUUUGUAGAAAUUGUCAUGUUAAUCUAUGCUGCAGCAUCUGUUUCAAUUCUUACGAGGCAUAUACAGUGUUAGCUGAAUUGAAAUGGUGCCUCUAUUUCCCUGGAAACUUUGAGUUAUUUAUCAAUGCCAUUAUGUGUGUCUCUUGCGUCGUUAUUUCUAGUUUUAUCUUUUGCUGCUUGAGUGAAGCUUGUAUAUUGCUUGAAGUGUUUUUCGAGCUCUGUGUGGGGUUACAGUGUCCACAUGCCUCUUCACUUUACACCUUAUGGUUUGAAUAAAACUAGUUAGCCGUUUGAUUCUCAGUUGGUGCCCCGAUGAAACUUUUUCCUAUUUAAAAAAUGCCAGUCUUGUCAAAAAAUAGUCCCCCCCCAGCUUGAUGAUCAGAGGUGGUCUUUUAACCUUAAGAAAUUGUACUAAUGUAUUUGCAUUAGAACUUUGCACUAUAGUGUUCUGAAGCAGAAAUGUAAGCCUCUUUCUACAUACCAUGGUAGUUUUGUUACUGUACUCUUCGCUUUUUGAUUCCUAAGGUGGCGAGUUUAAAAUACGCCACCUUAUGGUCUGCUAAAACCAUAAGGAUACAAACGAACAGUUUGAAUGUAUUUCAUACACCUGCAUACUGGUUAUAAACCACAUCCAUGUUAUUUUCAUCUGUUUGCUCCACUUUGUUUUAUGCAUACACAUUCAAAGCAGCAUUGAAUCGUUGGGCUUUUAUCCAUGCAACUGUAUCUCACCAGUCAUGGUUGUAAUGUACUAAAUUAACAGAUAUGGGCAGUUGAUUCAGAAUACACACUGGCGCAAAGAUCCUCAUAUCGCUGACGUUCGUGGUGCUGUACUGUAAAAAGUGUACAUAAGGCAACGUUUUGGUGUUUAGUGCUUUUUGCCAUGUAUGUUUGCUGGAAUUUCUAACCUGUUAAAGGGUUUCUGAGCUAUACUAUAACACCCAUGUUCAUGUAACAACCCAAUAAGCCAAAUUCAUUUAAUUUGAAGCCCUUUUGCUUUACCAGCAAACUCUCUGUGGUGGUCCCGUAAUCAUGACAGUGGUACUUGCUGAGCCUCAGUUCAUUGUGUGCACAAACUAAACCGAUCUAGUCAGAUUACAGGUCAGUUGCCGUUCAGCUAAGGGUGUGAUGGCAUACAAGUGUUUAAAAACACUUUUUAGGAUAUUAUUUCCCCUUCUAAGUGUAAUCGAUGACCAAAAUUGUGAGGGAUAAAAAUAUCGUAAAGUAUUCCUAAAAAAAAAAAAAAAAAAAAAAAAAAAGAGCACAGUUCCAUUAGUUCAUUACAUGCUAAUAUGUUAUUUAUUCAAAUAGGAGCUUGGAAAUGGGGUCUUGUGACUGAUUUAUUGGAAUAAUUGAGAGCUUCAUCAUGACCUGGCUUUUUAAACCAACUUUGAAAAACUACCUCAAUAGUGUCAGGUGCUAACAUUAAAAUAUCCCUUAUAUGUAUAUGUGCUCAUGACAAAGAACAAUAAUUGUGACCAAACAACACAAGCCUAUACUGUGUAUUAAGUGUUUAGUUUUCUUUCGUUUUCUUUUUUUUUUUUUUUUUUUAAACCGAUUUUAAAUGUAUGGUGGAUCAACAUGAGGGAUGUUUCAGCAUGUAACAAAAUUGCAGGGGACCAAAAUAAAUUUUUAAAGUUUCCCUUUUUAAAAUGUAGUGAGAGAUACUCAUCAGCUUUUAGAGGUUCGUUAAAAUCAUUUUCCAUUGAGCUGUGUCUAUGGAGAACAAGUCAGGCCAAGAUAAUUGCCAAAACAUGGUGGUUGAGUUGUAGUUAAGGAUCUGGACUGAGUUGAGUUGAGUUGAUCUGGUUUGUGGCAGUGUCAUCCCCAUGUCCGUCACUAGCAUUGUGCCAUAUUAUGGAUAACAAACUGGACAAGAAGUGUCCAAUGACCACUGCUCUGUUUAAUGUAUGUUUGGAGGAAACUGACAAGAUUUUCUUACGAAGCAGCUUGUCAAUCUGUGUCAAAUGGCAAUUUACUCAUCGUUGAGCUUUACUGUCUUUGGAGUGCUAGCAUUAUACUUGAUUCCUUUACUUGAUUUCUAUCCAGUAUUGCAAUAAAGAUGUUUCGCACUCAUUAGAUCCUGAUCCGUUUGAUUUGAAAGUUCCACGGCGAGUCUGCGAUAAGCUAUUUGUAUUUAAAUAUUGUCAUGCGAGACUUUGUAUUUACCUUGCUACAUUUUAUGAAGGGAAUUGAUUCGAUGUCUCUCAGACUCUGAUUAAGGAUGCGUCCUAAUACACUGGCAUUUGAGUUUUUGAGAGGUAAAUAUUAAGGUACAAAAAGGUUGUAUGGAAAUCAUUCAGAAUCUUGUUUUUCAUCAAUGAGCUUAAAAACGUCCAGCGUGUUGUUUCUUUUUUUUUCGUUGUGUACGUGUGCCUUUUUUUUAAAACUCUCCCACCCCUGAUCGAGGGACUAUCCUUUUGAUUUGAUACUCAGCGCCACAUUGAAUAAUUUGUACAUUUAUCAUGCAACCUCGAGUGAAUGCUGCAUAGAAUGAUCAGUAUUUGUAUUUUGCACUUUCUAAGCAGUUUUAAAGGAUGCCCUGUUGUAAUUGGGCACACAGACUAUUUAAGACGAGGUAUUUUCUGCUACAAUAGGAAUUCUAAGGAACCAUAUGACUUCGAAAAUAAAGUGUAUAGAUGUGAAGUACCUCAUAAGCCUGAUAAAUGCUGCAUAAACUUCAUUUAUUGUUCUUUUGUGAACCUCAUUUCAAACAAUUUCCCCUAUAGGGAGGUUUGACGCCCACAAGCCGUGCAAGCGCCUUUGGAAUUAUGAGCCGCUGUUUAAAAGUUUAGCAGUGAUGCACAUCGAAUGCAAUUCUGACAGAUUUUCAGUCACAUUCACUGACAUGGUAGAAUAUUACAGAGCCUUUAGCUUUAUCACGACUAUUAAAUGUGUAGUGACGUCUCGCAGUUAAAAAGUUACAGUUGACUCAGGUAUCGCCAUUAAGGGCUGUAUCUGCUUUUGCCUCUCGUCCUCGAUCCCCCUCACCUGUGUCUUAAUGUAGCCUUAGAACUGCAUUUACGGAUGGGAAAUAAAGAAUAUCUGGCCUUAAAAUAUGCACUAUUAACCACAACAUGCAAGUCACUACAAAUCAGGCCAUACGUUUUUGCCAUAAAACUACCUCCUGAGAAUGUAGGAGUGUCCUGGAACUGACAGAUGGCUUUUUUUGAUUCUCCAAUUUGUAUUCUGUAAGUUGACAAUCAUCUUUUUCUUUUCUCCUUUUUUCCUUUAUUACAAACAGUUGAAACUCCAGGACACUCUAGUUGAUUUUUGUUAUACAUAUAUAUAUUUUUUAAUCAUGUCCAUGCUGAUGGAAAAGCCAAGCGACCAAAGUUUCUGUUCGAAGGUUUUCUUGCACUGCGUUUUGGUGUCAAACCUCCCUCUCACAUCAGCAAUUUAUCUUUCAUUUACCUUGUGUUUGCUCCUUUGUAACAUGCCAAAUUAAAUUUGCUGUCAUUCCUGUCAUGAAAUCUUUCUCAAUUCAUGUGUUCGCAUUCACUGCUAAGCUCCUUGUUGUUGUUUCUUGGUAAUGUAAAGUGUGAGCUUUUUUUUUUUUUCUUUUUUUUUUUAAACAAGUAAAAUUACAAACCAAGAUAUGCUGUAAACCCUGCUAAGACAUAAUGUGAAAACGUAUCAUUUAAUAUAGCUCACUUUCGCUUGACUGUGUAUUGCAUCAUUUAAUAAACUUAAUUUCCUCUGA